CAGUCUGCGGCCUGACGGCGCGCGGAGCCAGUCCCUGGGGGCAGCGGGCUUCCUUUGACGCGGAAAGGCUGGGACCCGAUUGCCAGGCCUUGUCUCCGAGGCACCUCGUAUGCAGGGGCGCCCUGCCACCGGCCGGGGGAAGCCUGUGAUGGGCGUAGGGACCGGCACUGGGUGACAGAGCGCAGAGGACAAGCGCGGCCGGAAGCCACGGCCUCUUCUCCGAGCCUCGGCUCUCGCGAUAGCUCAGAGUCCAGUAGUCCCCCACCCCCAUGGAGCACGCCUUCACCCCGCUGGAGCCCCUGCUGCCCACCGGGAAUCUGAAGCACUGUCUGUUGAUUCUCAAUCAGCCUUUGGACGCCCAUUUCCGCCAUCUCUGGAGCAAAGCUGUUCUCAAAGCCUGUGCCGACGGAGGAGCCAACCGCCUGUAUGACAUCACCGAAGGCGAGCGGGAGAGCUUCCUGCCGGAAUUCAUCAACGGGGACUUUGACUCCAUCCGGCCUGAAGUGCGAGAGUUCUACACAGCCCAGGGCUGUGAGAUCAUUGCCACCCCAGACCAGAACCACACCGACUUCACCAAGUGCCUGCAGGUGCUGCAGGGCAGGAUCCGGGCGAGCCAGGUGGACGUGGUUGUGACCCUGGGCGGCCUUGCGGGGCGCUUCGACCAGACCAUGGCGUCGUUGAACACCCUGUUCCAGGCUCCCAGCAUCACCCGGCUGCCUGUGCUCAUCAUGCAGGAGGAGUCGCUGGUCUGCCUGCUCCAGCCGGGCAAGCACAGACUUCGAGUGGACACCGGGCUGGAAGGGGACUGGUGUGGCCUGAUUCCCGUUGGGGAGCCAUGCAGGCAUGUGACCACCACGGGCCUCAAGUGGAACCUCACAAACGACCUGCUUGCCUUUGGGACAUUGGUCAGCACUUCCAACACCUACGACGGCUCCGGGGUGGUGACCGUGGACACUGACCGGCCACUCCUCUGGACCAUGACUGUCAGACAGUAGCUGGCCACCUGCUGUGUGCCCAUCCUGCCUCAGCCCCAGCCCUCGGGUGCCCCCCAGCAGGGGUCUGACCCCCUGGGAGCCUGCACAGGGAUAUUUGGAAGGACAGUCUAGAUUGGGGACAUGGGUGCUGGCUAAGUGCCACUUCUCUCCAUCAGAAACAAAUGUGGAACCCUCCACCAAAAUGCA